AUUAUUUCCAUAGUAGAUUCAAGUCCAAAUGAGGUCGACACAUCAGGAGUUCGGCAAUGUUUGGAAUAUACUGCUUCCUGCUUGAGGAUUCGGUGCUCUACUGGGCUACACUUCAGAAUUUAUGACGGAGAUGGCAGUUUUGGCGCAAAGGACCUCGUAGACAUUGCCACUAUUGACGAUUUGGAACUUGAAUUUGUAUUGAAGAUGGAGAGUACGUUUAGUAUUGGGUUGAAGUACAACAUCGCCCCCCAUCAAGAGUAUCUCCUCCAAGGCACCAUCAUCGACUCUCACCGAGAGAUUCUACUGCAUCGACUACGGGGACUGUGCGACAACACGGACAGCAACCUACAGAGCUUCAGUGACCAUGAGAUGGUGUUCACACUGCGUGGCCCAGUAGCUCAACCAACCAACUUUGUAUUGUUUCGUGUGAGGCGAGCCCUUGACACACCUGAUGCUGCGUACCACAUACGAUAUCUAGGACAACCAGAAAUUGGGAACAGACCAACCCUAGUGCGAGCAUGCUUUGAUGUUGCUUGUUCAGACAAUGUUGUCCAGUUUCUUAAUGAAAUGGGAUUCAGGUUAGAUCAUGAAUAUGUGAUUCAGGGACAUUUUUUUCACAAAGGACGGAUGAAAGUAACAGUUUCUAAGAUUUUCAGGAUGCUGCAGCCGGAGAAGACUGACAUGUCGAACCUGGAGCCGUUGUCGCCGUCUCACCUGGUGGAGCUGAGCGUGGUGGCGCCCGCCGGGCAGGACAAGAUUGGGGAGGAUAUGAAGAAUUUUGCCGAGCAGUUGAAACCACUAGUACAGCUGGACAAGAUCGAUCCCAAGAAAAUUCCACAGUGAAGUAGGAUUCCAUACUGCACCUUGGAGUGGGGAAAAGAAGCUGAUUGGACCAGUGUGGAUAAUAUGAUGUCCGUUCUGGUGAAGUGGAGAACAGGCAGUGGAAGACGAUUUAACAAUACAGACUGAUGAUGAGUGAUGAGGCAACGUCAGUAGCUGUUCAAGAUGGUUGUACAAAGAAUGGAGAAAUUGAUGUCCGUCAGAUAUUAAAUAGAUCGGUUUCAGUGCAAUGCCAGAUUGUCAUAUAUGUCAAAUAAACCAGAACCGGCAAGAAAAGUGGGGAGAAAAGUAGAAACAGCUUUUCGUGGCUAAAGUUACUACCCUAUUGUCAAAUGCAAGAAUAUUUUGUGUUAUAUUGACAAAUUUAUUAUGCCAUUCUACAAUAAACAGAUUUCUUCAA